GGCAAAUCGUCAGUCCGCUUCCACACCUGUCCAAAACAUGUCUAAAGCUGUCUUAUACAUUUUCUUCGCUGGUUUGAUCGCGUCGUGCAUCGCUGCACCAGGUGACCGAGGGCGGCGGCACUAUGAAGGCGGACUCGGCGGUUUCGGCGGCGGCGGCGGCGGCGGUUUCGGCGGCUUCGGCGGCCACGGCCAGCACGGCGGGCCUGGCUACGGCGGCCACGGCGGCGUCGGCCAGUCCUUUUCCUCCUCCAAGUCGUCGGCCAGCGCCAGCUCCCAGUCCGGCGGUGGAUACCUGGGUUGAAGUUAGGUAGCACGCUCCCACCUGCCGCUGGUAACAAACACGAACCACCAUUAUCGCUAAACAGAUUCCGCAUUUCCAUGAAAAAUAUGUGAUAGUAAUAGUUUAAGUUAUUUAAGUAAGGUUUUAAGUGCAAUUAGUUAAUAAAUAUGUCC